AUGGAGGCGGCCUGCUACCCGGUGGCCAUCGUGUCGAACGCGCUCACGCGGCGCUACCGGUCCCUGCUCUUCGUGGCGCUGGCCGUGGCCUACGCGGCGGUGCUGAACGUGACGGUGCUCAUGCCGUCGUUCCUCGUGACGAACGUGAGCCUCAUCGGCAUCGACGACAUCGGCAUCGAGCGUUUGGAACUUCGAGGCUUCUCGGAGAACGCGCUGAUCCUGAGCGGCGAGUACACGCUGCACGUGCAGAUGCCCGCGACGACGGCCUACGACGAUCUGCGCCUGAAUUUUCGGUACGUCGUCCCGGGGACGCCGGACGUCGCCGCGCUCGGCGACUUCUCGAUCCCGCCCUUCCACAUCCUGCCGGGCGGCGAGUCCGUCAACGUCGUUCUCGACCACUUCCUCUACGAGUACGACCCCAAGGCCCUGCGCCGCUUCUACGACUACACGCAGUCGCCGGCCUACGGCGCCAUCGUCAUGCUCUUCGACGCGGACGUCCACGGCGUCAUGAAGCCGGGCCUGCCGAUCACGUACCACCUCAACAUGGCCUAUCGGUUGAAGGCCCUCGUGCGCGUCCUCAAGGACUGGCCCGUCGCGCACGUGACGCGCGCGUCGUCGCGGACGGUGGCGACGCCCCGGCCGCACCGGUUCGCGGAGCGCCACAGGUCGAAGACGCGCUGCACGGGCCGGCACUCGCGGCCCCAGGCGUCGUCGAUGCCGCAGCAGCAGCGCGCGCCCGCGCAGCAGCCGCCGGGCCGCACGACGCCGUCGCGCGCGCCGUGGCUCAGGAAGAUGGGCGUCGGGGUCGCGUUCGCCAGAAUUUCAUAG